AUGGCAGCCCCGACACUCCCACCGCUCUCGCCAUCACCACCUUCUCGAACCACCCGCUCCAGACGCGUUUCUACAAAAGCAGCGAACGCGGCUUCAGACCUCCGCGCUACCACCAACAAGAUUGCAAAGGCCACUCGACAGCAACGUCGCGCCGCUGUCAAUCCAAGCAUGACCACCACCACUGCGGCGGAACUCACCGUCCAGGAGAAGAUUCUGCGUUACGUUGGUUACCGUGCCCCUGCGCAGACGACCGCGUCGGAAGGAGAAGAGCAAGAGCGGCACGGAGAAGGGGAGGAAGAAGAGGGACUUGGUGAUGCACUUCCAGAACCAACAGAGAAGCCGAUGGCAAAAACUUCAUCGCCUUCCUCCUCUUCAAUUUCCUCCUCUCAUCCAUCGCUAUCUAUCCCCUCCUGUACCAUCAACACCACCAUCAACAACACCACCACCACCACCACCACCACCACCGACACCAUCUGCCUCUGCGCCCUCACCGUCACCCUCGAAGAAACCCCCGUUGAAGACUUGAUUAAAUGCAGUAUCAGAGACUGUGACCAAUGGUUUCACCUGGCUUGCGUGGGGCUACCCGAGCAUCCUCCGUGGUACUUGGGUUGGAAUUGCGCGGAUUGCCUGGCGCACCAGAGAAUUCCUGGAAACGUGAAGGGACUGUAUGAUGUGAAGGCGAAGGAUUCGAGUGUGAGGGCGAAGGCGUGGUUGAAGGAGGUGAAGGAGGAGGCCAAGGGGGAGGGCAUCAAGAAGAAGGAGAGGGAGGGUGGGAUGAAGAGGGGGGUGAAGGGUGGAGUGAAGAGCAAGAAGAGAACUUGA